CGAAGGACAUUGUUGACAAUGCGACUCCACAUGAUAUGGGGCAUCUUUUCGUUUCCAGCACUUCUACAUCUUGGAACUUUGAUGGUACAAGCAUCUUAUGAAUAUGAGAUCAAAGAGGAGUAUCUGACCACCCUGGUCUCCCCAGACUACCCUGAUCCUUACCCGCCAAAGACGAGGAAAGAAUGGAGCUUCAUCAUACCACCCGGAUCAGUGGGUCUCAUUAAAAUCAAUAUGCUCCGUGUCGAACGGUUUUGGGAUCCGCUUACCCUAACACACAACAGCCAAUCAGCAAACGGUACGAACGUCAUUACCUUCCCAUUGGUCAGUAGUAAUGUGACGUCACUUUUACUACCCGAGGGCGUAGUUGAUAUUUGGUUCUGCAGUGAUGAAUUCUUAAGACAUGAUGGUUUUGCCUUUGAAGUCACAACACUUCACGUAAAUGGUACAGAUUUCACCAAUGCCUCCUACGCGUUCGAGAGUCUUGCCAAGACGCCUGACUUCAUGUGCCAUUCUGGAAUGCAAUUCAUUGAUGGGAUUGCGAGAUGUGAUCAGGUCGUUGAUUGCCAUGAUUUCUCAGACGAAAUUGGUUGUCUUACUUCAGAUGAAGAAUGUCCAUACCGGUGCCGCGAUAGUGAUAUAUGCCUUCUCGAUACAUAUCAAUGUGACGGAUGGAUCGACUGCCCUGAACGCGACGAUGAGGACAACUGCGAAAUUGCGAAAUGCCCCGAUGGGUAUGUGUGCGGUGAGGCUCCAUUUAAUUAUAAAAAUGGUCCACUCAACUUUUGUGAGAGAUUUGUUUGGCAGCCAUUUUGGGUAAAUGCAACAAGGCCAUGGAAGAAGGACGAUAUUAAGAAUACGGCUAAGAAAGCUACCAUACUCUACAUGAAAGGCAUACCCACUACUUUAGAAGAUGGAUCGUUUAAAGGAUUGCAUAAUAUUAACAAUUUGAAUCUUGCAUCGUGUGAAAUAUCUUACCUGACACCAGGAGUAUUCGAUGGUUUGGAUCGCUUGUUUGUAAUUGAACUUGAGGACAAUCGUCUGACUAUUUUAGAAGAAGGUUUAUUCAGGAAUCUGUUCUAUUUGGGAAAGAUAACUUUGGAAUCUAACCAGGUGACUCAGUUUGAGGCUGGCUGCUUUCAAGAUUUACACAGACUAUUUUCUAUUGAUCUGAAGAACAACUCUAUUGCCGAGUUCAGCCCUGGGACUUUCAAAGAUCUUGGAGUUUCUUUUCAGAGAUUAAUAUUGAAAUGGAACCAAUUAACAUCGCUAAACGAGACAUUGUUCUACGGGAUGGGACACGAAUUGCUUCGAUUGAAUCUUGGUGAGAACCUCAUAGAAUACAUUGCCCCGGGAACCUUUCAGAAUCUCUCUAAACUCAAAGACUUGGUCAUGACAUCUGUAAGCCCCAAAUCUAUCCCUCUUUAUACUGGCAUAUUUGAUGGACUGGACAGUUUAUCUGCGCUGUAUGUCUACGAUUCCCGCUUCUGUUGUUUAGUACCGGACACUGUGAAAUGUAUUGAAGAGCGCCCUCCCCAUCCCCUAUUCACUUGUCGCAAGACAUUUCUUCAGAACCACACCAUCAAGGUCUUCAUAUGGAUCCUAGGAAUAAGUGCUUUGGUGGGGAAUUACUUUGUCUUGAUGUUGAGGUUAAGAAGCACACCUACCACCAGGGUAGCCAGGAUACAGUCAAUGAUCAUCACCAACCUGGCCUUGUCGGAUCUUCUGAUGGGUGUUUAUAUGGUGCUCCUUGCCGUGAUGGAUAUCUACAUCGGGGAGUCUUACUUCUGGGAGGGGCGAGCUGAGGAGUGGAGGGCAAGCAUCACUUGUCAAAUCGCUGGAUUCAUCUCUGUUCUAAGCAGUGAGACAUCCGUAUUCUUGCUAAUCCUCCUCACGAUCGACCGCUUCAUCUGCGUUGUGUUCCCAUUUAGCAAAACGCGUUUGGGCAUUACGUCUACUCGCGUUGCAAUUGCAGUUAUCUGGGUUGCAUCUGUACUCCUCAGCGUGGCGGGCUUAUUGUUGCAAAACAUCAACCCUGAUGCCUACGGCCUCAGUGAUGUCUGCGUUGGCCUUCCGUUCAUCCGAAAGUCGACAGACCUCCGAACAGAAGUGGACACCCGGACCACCGACCAGUAUGGCAUACCCUACUUCACCACAAUUGCCGGCUCUACUGAAUCAACCUGGACAUACUCUAUCAUUAUAUUCCUGGGGAUCAAUCUAUGUAGCUUCAUCAUCAUUCUUCUCUUGUACAUCGGCAUCUUCAUCAAGGUCCGUUUCGUCCGAGCUGAUGUUGGUCGCACCAACCAAUCAUCCAAUGAAGUAAAGAUGGCACUGAAGAUGCUCCUGAUCGUCGGCACCGACUUCUGCUGUUGGAUGCCGAUCAUCAUUAUCGGAAUUAUAGUCCAGACGGUAGGGGUCGAGGUUACACCUGACAUCUACGCCUGGCUGGUCGUCUUUGUCCUACCCAUCAACUCAUCCCUCAAUCCUUACCUUUACACUAUCAUAAGUCUAGUUUCUAAAUAAUUCUCUGCUGCAUUGCGCCCUUGCUAUGUUUUAAACAUUGUUCAGUGUGUUAAAAUUUAGUGUUCAAUCCUCACUAAUAUACGUAUAUUCUUUUUACAAAAGAUAACAAAUAACAACAAAACAAAAAUGAUAAUAAUAACAAUUAUGAUGAUAAGAAUCAUUAAUAGGAUUUAGCUAAUGUUAUGAAAGCAACAAUAAUGAAAAGGAUAUAUGAUAGGAAAAAAAGGGUAAAAAUGCUAGCAACCACUUUCAAUUCAUUCAUUAUCUUUUGUAUUAUCAUUAAUUAUCAUUGAUAUCGCAAAAAUAUAAAGAAAGAUAUAUAAGUGAUAUGAAUAUCGCAAAAAUAACCAGGUCUAUUUACUACAAGCCAUUGAUUUAGUUUAUUCAUUUCUUGAUUUGAUGAUCAAAUUGACUAGUAACUUUCUAAAUCAAAGGAAGAUUUGCACAGAUUGUGGGAGAAACAUAUGACAGAAAGAGAAGGGGGUCCUAUGUUUGACCAAUGAGCUAAAUCCUGGUUAGCCUGCUGCGAUACAAGGUAUUAAUCAGUAUUUUAACAUACGGGUUGAGUGCAGCGAGAAAUUUAUCAACAUUAUUUAUGUUGAUAAAAUUUCUCACUGAAGGGACUAUAUAGUAUGCCAAUAUUCGAUUACUGAUGGGGCUAACCUGUUUAAAGAACACCAAAUAAAUAAAUAUCCCUUUGGUAAUAUGUUUGUCUUCAAAUUAUUCAUCAUGUCCUCUAAUUUGUGAAAUAUGAAUUAAGCCUGUACAUUACUAACACCUCAAGCACGGAGAUACAUACCUGUGUUAAUAUCUCCAUACCUGAAAGAUUUUCAUUGGUUGCCUGUUAAUAAAAAGAUUCAAGAUACUUUUACUGGUGUUUAAAGCAUUGAAUGGCCAAGCCCUAGUUUUCUUGCAGAAUUGCUUUCGAUGAUAAUGCCAUCAAUCUCAUGCAACCUGCGAAGUGCGAAGGAUAGAUUCAUUUUGGAAAUACCCUACUCUAAAACAAAGGCUACUCUUUGAGACUGUGCUACGCUGCUGCAAAGGAUUAGCGCUAGAAUGACCCAGUCUGUCCCCUCAAGGCCAGUCAAUAUUAAGGCAGAGUGAGUCAUUAUUGUACAACACAUGCAAAUUAAAUGAUAUAAAAGUAACCUUUUCGUCAUAAAACUUUACACAAAAUAAUGUUAAGAUGAUAUUGAUAAAUAAAUAUUGGAUAAUCAACGAUGGUUUCAAAAACACUAAAGAAAUUACUUUUAAAAUUUGCAUUUAGUUAGGAGAUGAAUUUAUUUUUUGUGUGAUGUUUAAAAGUUUGCUCGAUGGUAUUAACAGUCGCGGAAGUGGUUUACUGUACAUCAAGUGUAAAGUCUAGCUGGAAGGAUUGUGACAAAAUUGGAUAGAGAUAGAAGUGAAAUGGAAAGGCGAGAAAGUGGAGGUUUGGAAGUAGAGUUUACUUUUCUUAAUUAGUGUAGUCCUUAAAAGUGACUGAUUGAUUGAUUUCAUUCGUCAAAAAUAUCACAGGUAAUUUGAUAUUUAAAUAUGGGAAGAAUACCUUGAUAGGAUAACCGAUGAAAGCCGAAAGGCUUAUUUCCAAUGGGGUCCUGUUGAUAGUAUAAAAACAUUUAUGUAUAAACUACGACAAUUAUUAGAACAUGGUAAAAAGACAUCUACAUCUACAUGGCACAAGAUAAUGUCUUAACCUAUCCUACAUUAUUCAAAAUUCUAGAAACCAAAUGUACGAAAUAGGUGCUUUUUAUUGGUAAUAAUGUUCUCGAGUCGAUUCAAAUUUUAGGUAUUUCUUUAAUGCACAUAUAAUGUGAGGAAGAUUUUUAACAGCUUUAACUUGAUUGGGAAGAGAAUUCCAAAAUUGGAUGCCAUUGAUAUCAAAAAAAGCGUUUCCUAUAUGAACUUCACGGUUUGGUAAUACAAAUUUAAAAUGUCUAGUAUCGUACCAGUGGGCAUGUUUUCAAAAUGGGUGAAAUUAUUUUCUAGGUCACCAGGGUUGAGUGCAGCACAGUGUGGAUAAAUUUCUUGCUGAAGGAAAACAUUAACUUUUUUCUCUGUUCUUCUAAAGACUUUACAAAUGGUGUACCGUAAACCAAUUGCACUUAUUUUUAUUGCAAAAUUUACAAUUAUGGCCAUAGGAGAUGCUAUUGCACAGAUUAAGAUUCAACCGAUUUAGCACCUAUACAGUCACAUCCUGCUUUGUCUUUGAAAUUUCAACCACUGCAGUUGAAUGGCUUUAAAUUACAGACAUGAUUUCUAUAGUGCAUUGUAAACUGUUAUU